UUCAACAUGGCUCUAGACGUUGCUGAUGUGUGUCUCUAGGGGUGUUGGCGUGUGAUCUCAGUGGUGAAAUAUUUUCUGAUGGUCAGACACUAGUUGGUCUGUUUACUGACGUUGUGUUGUAGGGUUCAGUGAAAUCUGUGGACAGGCUUGUUACAGGUGUGUAGUUCUGUGAACCCCUGUCACAGGUCAAGAAACCAUUGGGAUGACGUCAGCAGUGUUUGUGUUUAUCGUCAUUUUAGGCCACUGUGUUCUGGAAGAUUCUCAAGCCACCUGCACGUUCCCAGUCGAUGUUCGGGCGAUGUGGGUCAAGGGCGAUGAACCAAGAACCUUGACCUUCGCCAGCAGUUCUCUAACGGGCAUGAACAUCACAUGGAGCACCACGACGGACCUGGACACGUUCGAUUGUUACUUCAGCUCGGGGAGUGUCUAUGUCAUAAACGCAUCAUACACGGGAGUUGUAGAUGAGACGGUCAACUAUUUCGUCUGCUGGGAGCUUCAGAAGGUCACGGCCAGUGCCUACCUGAUGUUUGAUCUCACAGCUAUCCUGACUGCAACUGGAUUCGACCAGGGUCGGACAGGGGUCAUCCAGAACAUUGACGACCCGUUUAACAUGUCCGCCAUCUGCACUAAAAACAGCGCAUCGGAACUUCCCACUACCCUCGUUAAAAAUGGUGCCACGUCAGCUGAUGUGUCUGUCACGUGUCCACGUGACCUGAUCACGUGGUUCUCCUACGGCCUGUGUGCAAGCACGGAGCUAAGUUUCUGCUCCAACAACCAGACGGCCACAGCCAACUACAGCAUGUGCUCGACCCGGGUCUUCAACUCAGCCAAUGGCGUGCUGGUCUGUAUGGGUGACGUCACCAGGGCGAGCUUUGUCUACCUCAACUUGUUCCAGACAGAUGCCAGGAAGGUCACGUGUUUUAGGUUUCCAUCCAGUGCCGGAACUACCUUUACCGGAACUUACUACUCCGGGGACUGCACCAAGGUCAAGGGCACCUUCACCGAUCUGACCUUCACCCAGAUACGACCUUGCUUCACGACCACAACAUCUACCACCACAACCACGACCACCACAACCGUCAGCAGCAGCAGCACCACCACAACAUCGACCACGCCGACAACAUCCAUUACAACAUCAGCUGCAACAGGCACCACAAAGACCGACGUGUCCAGCGCUGAGACCAGCCGUGACUCUGGGACUGACUCCAAGGUUGGCGUGGCUGUUGGAGUCAGCUUAGGCCUAGUGGCUCUGGCCGCUCUUGGUCUGCUGAUGUUUCUAGUCUUCGUCAGGAAAAUCAAAUUUGGCGGUAAAAUCUCAGACAGUACCAGGACCACGUCUGACAAACCAGCCAAUCAAAACACCGGCUCGACGGAGAAGAGCGAUGAGAAUGAGAAGGAGAAGAACGAUGAUAAAAGUAAGAAAGAAGAAAUGAAAGAAAGUGAAAAACCUGAGAGCAAGGUCAACGGAUCCAAUGGACACUCGGUAACCAAUGGCAACGGUCAGCUUUCUCCCAGAAAGCCGACGUCACUUCCUCCAAUUAGGAACACAAAACCAGUGGCUCCCCCUGUGAACAGUUAGCCCGUCAUGUUAUGAUGUCUUAAAUCGUCUCACUCAUUUCAUUUUGAAAACACGACAUUUUGAAAACACCACAUUUUGAAAACACCACAUUUUGAAAACACCACAUUUUGAAAAUACUACAUUUUUACUUUCUCGUAUACGAAGUUUAGAGAAAGUGUUGUAAUUGUGCAAA